AUGGUGCCUCCACAGCGGCCAGGCAAGACGGCUCCCCGGUUGGCGGAGGACAUUCGGCUAUACGAUCCUGUGCAUGUUCCAGCUACUGGCCUCAACCUACUGUCACAGGUACCACCGGUACACCCAGAGGAUAGCGACAAGACCUCAGACUUUGUCUCGCCUCAUGCUUGUCGACACACAUAUGUGACCAAGGAGAACCAAACAUACCUGGCAGACGCCGAGCAAAAACGGAGACCGGGAACAUCGUCAAAGCUAUCGGCUGUCUGCUCGAAAUGUCGCUACCACUUGCAAGUGGUUGUCAAUUACACCACUGGUGGAAAUACGUUUGGUCUGUCCAAGGCAGCAGAUCAUCUGCACCACUUUGUGUACAAAUCAGGUAGACAGCAGGGAAGUCGAAUGGCGGAAGAGGUAACUGAGAAAGGGCAGGUGGUAGAGACCUACCACUAUCAGUGCUCUCAUCUUUCAUGCUCGGCAAUGGUUUCACUGCGGAUUCUGUCGCCUCUUAUUACUCCACAUCUUCUGGAGCUGCUGAGCGAUCCAGUUUUGAUUCGUGAACGAGCAGAAGAAGCAAUUGCGGCUCAACCAGAGCGACUCGAGGGUAUGGCCACUCCGGCGCCUAUCACAGUCUUGGAUAACUUGCGCCUUUACCUCCACAACGCUCUUCAUACACAUGAGCGCAGCAAGGCAAUUUCGUCCGCCAAUAAGAGGUUCAUGCUAUCGUUUGGGCUUGAGGGAACUGCGUGUAAAGAUGUCUUGGAAUUCUUGGGAUUUGCCUACGAUGCCGAUGCUGGUAGCUGGCAGCCACCAUCUCCCAACCCUUGGACAAUAAAGCCCUACCAAGAUACAGAGCGGAUCUUCCUCGACGACAUUAUCCACGAACUACUAUGCUUGCUGCACCAGAGACCCGUUUCCGAAAAAAGAGGUGUCAACUUCCCUGUACUUCCCCCAUCGUCAACAAAUGACCUCUUCUACGCGCUGGAAGCCCAAGAUUAUCCGAAAGCUUCACGUGCCCACGAAUUCGCGAUGCCGCCUGCACCGUUCUAUGAGGAUCUCGGUGCCACCGAGGAUAUGGCAGCCUCGGCCAUUAUCGAAGCAUACAAUCGACAAGUUUCCCUCGACCCGGGACGCUCACCGCUGUAUCUGCAAUGUCUCAAAGCGAUCGCCACACUGCGGGGUGGAGAAGACUAUGAGGUUAUUGAGCCGGCUGUGGCUCUCGCUUACUCCGAAGGCAAAUUCACGGAUGAUGAUCUUGUUGACUCGUACAGAUACUUUGGGUUGUGGCAUAAUGAUUACAGUCUGGAUGCAGAUACCAUUAUUGGAAAGUUCUACUCUUAUGUCAGUUCGACAUCCCCAGAGAAAGAGAAUGAAUCACGCCAGCACUUGUGGCGGAUUGGUGUCAACAGAAGCAGUGAGCGCAUCAAAGCCGUGUCAGAAGACCGAGUCUCCACUGUUGAGCAGGCCCAAGUGUUCCUGGGUGUCGAGGACAACACCCCAGAUGAUUUCAUCAUCACGAUGUACACUGCAAAAAUCAACGAUAACCCGGCCUGCAAAGAAGUCGCCAAUCGCGCUCUCAAGCUCAUCGCAGAAGGCCGCAAUUCGAAUAUGCUGAAUCACUACCGUGCCACUGGGGAGACUAUGGAAGCAGAAAUGGAUAUCGGGGAUGCCUACCGCAUGCUUCAGAUUCCAGAUCGCACUGCCGAUGAUGGCGCCAUCAUAGCAGCCUACACGAUCUGUGUCGACGAGAACCCAGGCCAGGCCGAAAUCUACAACCGAGCUUUGAAGAUUAUUGCCAAUAAUAUGGAUAGCCCGAUGUUGCGUAACAUGGCUGGGGUCUCAAGCGAACCAGAUCGCAACCUGUUGGAUUGGCCGGUCGGUCUGCAGAAUAUCGGCAACACAUGCUAUCUGAACAGUCUUCUGCAGUUCUAUUUCUCAGUCCGUCCAUUUCGCGACAUGGUCAUGCAUUUUGAGAAACAUCAAAUGGAUGUGAAUGACGAAUCGAGUCUGGCUCAAAAGCAGGUAGGCUCCCGCAAAGUGGCUAAGAAGGAAGUAGAACGGUCACUCAAAUUUCUCGGUGAACUCCGUGGUUUGUUUGACAGUAUGAUCACGUCGGCACAGUCUUCAGUAACUCCUGGCCAAGAGCUUGCACGUCUGACUUUGAUCAGCUCGGGAGGUGAGGCUGUUAUCCGUCGAAUGUCAUCCAUUUCAAAGUCUCAAACUCUCGGUGACGUUGACGGAAGGCCUAUUCUGGGACCUCUCGGGCCUCCUCGCCCAAUUGCUGAAGAGCAAGACGAAGAGCACAGCGCUCGAGAAAACGGAACGCCGCUUUCGAAGGCCUCCAAUCCCAGCGAUGUUGGCAGCGAUGCCACCCUUAUUUCAGAAGCAAUUCCCAACGCGGAACCUGCGCAGGAGGAUAUUAAGGGUGGCCCACUUUCGCCGGCAUCAGAUACCGAUGGGGAUGCUAUCGACAAGGCCGGCACCACCCCACUGUCUCCCGAGCCUUCCAACCAACCGCCACCGGUACCCCCACGUCCGAUUCCGGAAGUGGAUCGCCAGAAGCAGUUGAUCGAAGAGGUGGAGAUUGGUGCUCAGCAAGACGUCACGGAAGUGAUCAACAAUGUUCUCUUCCAGAGCCAGUGUGCCAUUAGGCCAUUGAGAAUCGACAGCGACGGAGAACAGGUCGAUCAGAUCAAAGAUCUCUUCUAUGGUCGAACCCGAUCAUAUAUCACCACUGCAGGAGGCACCCGAUCCAAAGAGGAAAGGUGGUGUGAUAUCAAGGUCGAUGUAGCGGGCGGGUCGCGCGAUAUCUACGCAGCCAUCGAUGGCGCGUUUGAUGUGCAAAAGAUCAGCGUUGACGAUACAGAGGCCGAACAGUACGGAUCUAUCACCACUAUUCCUCCGAUCCUGCAGAUUCAGGUGCAGCGCGUUCAGUUCGACCCCGUGAAGAAGAGCUCUUUCAAGUCCACCCACCACCUGGACUUGCUGCAAAAAAUAUACCUUGACCGGUACAUGGAUACCACCAAGCCGGAGAUGAUGGAUCGUCGCCGUCAGUGUUGGGAAUGGAAGAGCAAGCUCAAGUUGCUCGAAGCUCGUCGAGCGGAGUUGUUGCGAAAGCAGGAGGACGAUCAUCUUGAGAUGACUGAGCUCUUCCGUAAUACCAAAACUGUUCUUGAGGGUGUUGCCGCUAUCGAGAGCGAUAGCAAUCUGGAGAUCAAACCGGAGCUCCUCAGUGAGCUAGAUCAGCUCUGCCAGACCGUGCAAAGCGAGCUCCAAUCCGUCGACCAAGACAUCCAGAACAUUCAGGCCAUGCUUGCCAACCAAUUCUCCGAUUCCACCAAGCUUCCAUACCGAUUGUACGCCGUCUUCGUGCACCACGGUUCCGUCUCGUUUGGGCACUAUUGGAUCUAUAUCCACGACUUCCGCUAUGACGUCUGGCGCAAGUACAACGAUGAAUAUGUGACUGAGGUCCAGAACCUGGACGAAAUCUUCAAGAACUCCGACACCAAGAACCCACCUACCCCCUACUUCCUCGUCUACAUCAAUGACACGAUGAGAGAUCGCCUCGUUGAUCCUGUCUGUCGCGAAAUCCCCGAAUGGCAAACUCAACCCGACACGGGAACUGAGGACACCGAGGAGAUAUCUUUUAUGGAGGACAUUCAGUCACCAGGCAUUCCUGUCGAUGUCAUCAUGGAACCGCCAUCCUACCAAGAAGUCGACCACUGA